AUGAUGCUUAACAAAAUUAUGUUUCUUCCGUUUUUUAUCACCUCAUCAUUACUACUAGUCAGUGCUUUGACAGAAGACAAGUAUUAUUCAUCUGAACCUAUUUCUGUAGUUUGUAAACCAUGUGCAGUUCCAUCAAGUAGUUUUGUUAUCUGGCUACCAGCUUCUCGACCACCAUGUUUGCAUCCAGGUCAACCUAUAAUUCAUUGGCCUGAUUCCUCUUCUUCUGAUAUUACUUCUUGUCCUAUUCCUGGAUUUCCGGACUCUAUCCAAUCCUCUCAACUCUCACUUCUUGAUGAUGGUCUACUUUUGACCAAAGAGAGAGUUUGUUUCUUUGAUGGACCAAUUGACUUUCACUAUAAUUAUGUUUGUGAUGGACAAAUUUAUCAGUCAAAAAUGAGGAUUGGGCAUUCUGUUGCUUCAAUGAAGAAACUCGAAAUCCGAAGAACAAAAAGAUGGGCUCGAAGAAGGAACCCAGACGCAAACGCAGUGCAUUUUCAGCAAGAAAAAUACGUAAAAGAGCUGCCAGAAGAUACACCAAUAGAAACCGUAAUUGCAUCUGUAAAAGCGUCUCAUGCAUCUUCCCAACCUCUCUACUACUCCAUGGUUGCUCCUCAAGAUUCAAGAUCUCAAAACUUGUUCACUCUGGAUACGGUAAGUAUGAGUGGAGAGAUUCGACUGGCAAAAAGUAUGGAUCGAGAAGUACUGGAUAAGCAUAUUCUCAAGGUAUCGGUGACAGCCUACGAGAGAGUCGAUCCAACGAUAUCUGCGAGUACUACGGUCGUCGUUCACGUCCUAGAUGUCCAAGACAAUAGUCCCAUUUUCGAAAAGGAUUCUUAUUUUGGAGAAAUCCGCGAAGAUGCUCCGGUGAGUCUAUUCAAUUCCUCUUUUACACCCAUUUCCAUUGGUACUACUGUUCUCUCCGUAUUUGCAAGAGACUUGGAUUCUGAAGAAAAUGGAGAAGUCGAGUAUUCUCUGGGUGAAGGAAAUGGAAAGAAUCUGUUGGCCAUCAAUUCCAAAAGUGGAGUUAUUCAAACAGCGGCUCCUUUGGAUCGAGAAACUCUCUCUUUGAUUCGAUUGGAUGUGAUAGCAAGUGAUAAAGGGAUUCCAAAGAAAGAAUCAAAAGCUCUCGUGGAGAUUACUGUACUUGAUGUCAAUGAUAAUGCGCCAGUAUUUGCAUCUGAUUCUUACAACAUCACCAUCUUGGAGAACAUCACCCUCCCUACCGUUAUAGCAACAGUGAAAGCUACAGAUGAAGACUUUGGAACCAAUGGAAAAGUUCAUUAUUCUAUGGCUUCAUCUUCUGGAAUCGGUGGACUUACCAUUGAUUAUUCAUCUGGAGAAGUGACUCUUCGAGAAAGAAUCGAUGCCAAAAACUCCCCAAUAACAGCAAUAAUUCGAGCAAAAGAUGGUGCACAACCUGCACUUUCAAGCACUGUUUCACUCACAAUCCAUGUGGUUGAUAUCAAUGAUCAUGCUCCUACUCUGAUUGCUGCGCAGAAGAUGAUUACACUUGAAGAGAAUGUAGCAAUUGGAGAAGAAGUUGGAAGAGUUUAUGCCAUUGAUGAAGAUUCUGGACCAAACGGAAUCAUUAGAUAUUCUAUUGAAGGAUCAGAAGAUUUCAUCAUCGAUGAGGAUAGCGGUGUUAUCAAAACGACUAAACUUCUUGAUCGAGAAACGACUGCUAGAUACAGUCUGAAGGUAACUGCUAGAGAUAUGGGAACUCCUCCUUUGAAUACCUCUACUACAAUGACAGUGGUUUUGAAAGACAUCAAUGACAACGCUCCGAUAUUCGACAAAAAAGAAUAUAAUGUGACGAUUUCUGAAGAGAUGCCACGUGGAAGUCAGAUCAUCAAAUGGAAAGCAGUGGAUAACGACGAGGAUCAGAAGAUCACUUACCGUAUCGAGGAGGCUGACAGAGAUGUGUUCAGUAUUCUGGAUAUAGGAGAUCAGGGAGCAAUUUUAAGUGUAUCGGGGCAGUUGAACAAACAAGAUCACAAAAUAAGAGUGGAAGUAUCAGCAACUGAUCAAGGAGGUCUACAAGGAAGAUGUGUUGUCAAUGUCUUUAUUGAUGAUGUUAACUCGGCUCCGUAUUUUAAUGACCAUCCAUUUUCGGUGAAAAUUCCAGAACAUUCUCCGAUUGGAUAUCCUGUUAUCAGCAUGAAGGUUUGUAUUUUGCUAAUGGUUUUCGAUUUUAAUUUCUAA